AUCCAGUCUUUUUAUAUGCUUACACCCAAACGACAUGCAUGAUAACAUUACGCUUCCCGGAGGGUAUUUGGCAAGCAUAUAGAGAAGAAAGAGAGAAUAUAUCGCAGCGCAAUGCUUCAAAGAGAGAGCUUCGUUAUAGAAAUCACAUCACCAACUUGUAGCAGUAGUGAACCCCUUGAUCAUCAUCGACCCACUGGUGCUACUUCUGUGUCUUCCAAGUUGCACUUCUCUGCAAUGAAGCUUUUCAAUCGCUUUCGUAAAAUUGUGAUGCGAAUCUUGUUUUCUUUCCCUUCUCAUCGUGGAUCUUCUCAUGGGGCUACUAGUAAUACUACAUCCAAGCAAAGAAACUGUUGUGAGAGAUUUGAUCCUCCAAAGACUUCAUGCAGCUCGUACUACUCUUCCCACUCGCACUACACUGAAGCUAUCGCCGACUGCAUUGAAUUCUUGAAUAAGUCUUCUCAGGAAGGAUUUUUAGAUGGUAGAAAAUCUGAUGUCUUGGUCUGAUGAUUAAUUACUUGCUUAAUCUCUCGCAAUGGGUUUCUUUUAUUUGGUGCUGCUUUGAUUUGUAAUAGGUUUGAAACAAAAUACAAACAAAGAUUUUUGAACUGAGUUUACUGUUUAAUGAUUUUGUUUUCUUGCUGUGUUCCUAUUGUUGCCGAG